AUGAUCUGGAAAGCCAUGUUCGAGGAGCCCUUCUUCCUGCACAUCGUCCCUUACGACUGGGAAAAAGCAGACCGUCUCAUCACCACGCGAGCCACCGCCGGGCCACGGAGCUAUCUCGAGACCACCUGCUACAGCUUUCACCAGGCGCCCGCCCACAGUGACGAUCCCAGCCUCGACGCCAUUGAGUCCGCACAUCCCUCGCCCCAUGGCGCACUGAGCUGGCUGCGUACCUGCCGACUCAUCUACACCGAAGCCAAGCCGCUCCCAAAAGACAAAGACAUAUCCCUGCACGUGUGCGACAUAUUCACCUUCGUGGCCGCGGUGGACGGUCGGACGCCCUCGCUACCUCUCUCGCAGGUCCGGUCCAUGAGCUUCUGCAUGAAGAUGGAUGUGGAGGAUGUGUUCUACGCCCAGAAUCUGCCGGCCCUGCAAGCUCUCACGAUCUUCGCCCACUUCGAAUGUCUCCCGUUCCAAGGGAAUGACCGGCUCGGAGACGGCCCCGAAGACCCAGCGCCGAGACUACGACGGGUGGACUGUCCCUGGAUCAUUUCCUAUGUGCGUCCUUAUUCGCUGUUGCAGGCGCUUACUCGUACAGUGUCGAUGGGGGACGUCAAGUUGGAUCUGGCUGGUGUCAGACAUAAUCCGUGGAAUCGGUGUCCGAAUGUGGGCGAUCGGUGCUGGUGUCGGGGGAGGAGCAUCGACGAGAGCAGUGUACCAGUGGAACAGAUCAAGCUGCAUCUCAUGGCGGGGAUAUGGAAAGUGUCGAUAAAGAGAGACUAA